AUGGCCUCCUCUCACCACAGCCGAAAGCCUUCAAGUCGAGCUGCUCUUCCUCGACGGACAACUAAAGGACCAUUAGACGCACCGAGCGACCCUCUCUCUAGUAUUGAAACAAGCCCAACAUCCCCUGAUCCACGGGCAGCAUUACAACCUUCAAGCGAGGAUGGUCCCAGAUCUGAACGAUCCUCGACGAACCAAGCAUCCCGGACAUCAAGUUCUACAGGAAUAUCCGCAAUCGAAGAACGAGACCUUUCUUUCCUGCUUGACGCAUCUAUCUACCACCCGCUGUCACAACUCGAGGUCCCUGGCCCGUUCAGAAAAGCCUUUCUCCCAGGCCCGACAGCCGACACUGUCGAACGAUCAAUGGGACAGCUAGAUUCUCUUCUCUCCCAAUGCGAUUUUCUACGUGCUGCGCAAUUAGCCGGCUCGAUUCUCACUUCGGGGACCAUACGACCGACGGACAUCAAGACAGUCUUCAGGCUACUCGCUAUUCGUUAUUCUUGCCUCGAGCUCUCUGGGAACCUUCUGCUCGCGGCGCAGGAAGCGAAGGCUCUCGAAGAUCUGAGCUCGGCAUUCUACUAUGAUGACCCGAAUCCUGAGGAACCCGCGAGCGAAGACAUCGAUCUGCCACGCAAGGUGCCACAUCACAUUAUGCCCUUCUCUCUCAGACUCCAGGCCUUGCGACUCCAAAGUAUUGGCUUUUCUGACCCACGUCGAGGCGUGACGACGCUCUAUGAUCUAGCUUUCGAAUGUAGAGAACAUCUAUCAACGCCAGGAAUUUCUGUGGAAGAUCACUCAAUCUGGACUGAGAGGCUGCAGGAAAUGUCCAUCCGGGUCGUCAAUGCCUUGAUCGAGAUGGGUGAGCUAGAUUGUGCUGCUCGCACCUUGGCGACCAUGAAGCCUUCAGACGACAAAUCUACAGCUCUUUGGACGUCACGAAUGGUCUUGCUCCGGAUCAAAAUGGGCGACUUUCAACGGGCACAUGACUUGGUCGAAUCCACCACCUUGGCGACUCAUGAUAAGCUCGCCCUCAGAUCCUUACUUGCCAUUGCGGAAGGGCGAUACGAUGAAGCUUCUCAGGCGUUUUCAGAGUGUGAAGAAGGGACAGAUCCUGCUUUGAAAGCUCUCAUCAAACAGAACCUAGCCGUUGCCCUUCUUUACAACGGCGAAGUGUCGAAAUCGAAGAAAAUCUUGGAGGAAUUGAUUGAUAAUGGCUACUCUUUUCAGACUUUGACCAUCAACCUUGCCACGAUAUACGACUUGAGUUCAGACACUUCCCGAGAUCUUAAACUGUCUAUGAUAUCCAAGAUCGCUAGCGAACAGAAAACGACUGGUCAACUCCGAUCGUUCUUGAAUGCUGAUUUCAAGUUAUGAUCCAAGUGACUGAUCAGAUGCAUAUGGACCCCAUUUUCCCAUGUCGAUAAUCAAAGGCUUUCAACAGUCCCCUUAGGUGUGACAUUGCUGCCAGGACAAUGAGGAUGUGAAAGAUCUGGUGGGAGCUCCCCAACGUAUCGAAUUUGCCAGGAUACCAUGAUUCCGGAAUGCGGGCCUAUGGAGGUCAGAAAGAGCACACGACGAGAGUGUCCAACUUACGGCAUAGAGAGCAGCGCCCGCGAUGUACAACACUCCCUGCAGUACUAGCCAAGAUAAGCCAAUCUGCUUCUCCAUUGCUUCCAUACCGAAGGUCAGAAGACCAUCUAGUACGGGGAACACCGCAGACACUCCCAUGCCGACGAACAUCAACGCCCGAUAUGGUCGCCACGCCGGCGUUCGAAACUUUGGGAGCACCGAUGUUGCUGUGCAUGCAAUGCCUAAGGAGCAGAUCUGCCUAUGGUUAAAAUUGACUUAUUCCAGAAGAUGAUGUCUGGCUCACCAUAGUCCAGUACACCAGCUGUCUAUCAGGAUUGCACCAGAAACCAUAGUAGACACUUGGGAUGAAGGAGCCGGCUACCAGUAGAGAAAUGCCUGCAUAGUCCAACUGAUUCCACAUCCGAGCUACUGCUGGCGAAUGAUUGGAGACAGUAUGGUAGGUGGCGCUCAUUCCAAGACAGAAAGCUGCGCCGAUAAAGAAGCAUCCCAACGCAAUGACAUCCGCCGCAGACGCUUGUUCGUAUCGGGGUUCGAGGAUCUUGUACAAGAUGACGCCGACGGGAAGGGCGAGGGCACCAGGGAUCAGAUGUGACCAGAUGUUCACGCUCUCAUUGUGCCAGUGAAAUAUACUUUGCCAUGACCUCGCAUAGCUGUAGGAUGCUCGUCGAUAGCUGGCGUGUAUGUGAUGAUUGUCUUGUUGCCAAUGCGGUAGAUCUUUCCAGUGGACCAAAG